AUGGGUCGAGGGAAGAUCGAGAUUAAGAGAAUAGAGAAUUCGACGAACCGACAAGUCACCUAUUCAAAGCGACGAGGAGGUAUCAUGAAGAAAGCUCGAGAGCUCACCAUUCUUUGUGAUGCCGAUGUUUCUCUCAUCAUGUUCUCCAGUACUGGAAAGUUUUCUGAGUACAUAAGCCAUACCACAACGACGAAGAAGAUAUUUGAUCGAUAUCAGCAGAUAUCAGGGAUAAAUCUAUGGAAGUCGCAUUAUGAGACAAUGCAGGAGCAUUUAAACAAGCAAAAGGAGAUUAAUAAUAAUCUCCGAAGAGAGAUUAGGCAGAGGAUGGCGGGUGAACAUCUGGACGAUAUGAGCUUCGAAGAAUUGAGAAGCCUUGAGCAAAAUUUGGAGAACUCGUUGAAGGUUAUUCGUGAGCGAAAGUACCGUGUGAUCUCAACCCAAACUGAGACUUACAAGAAAAAGAUAAGGAACUUGCAAGCAGAACAUGCAAAUCUACUAUGUCAAAUUGAAGAGCGAGAUGAGAAUCCAAACUGUGGGCUAGUUGAUCACAAUGGCGCAGGCUAUAAAUCUGCUCUUGGUUUGGCAAAUGUGGGCUCCCACUUAUUUGCUUUCCAUCUGCAAUCUAACCAUCCUAAUAAUCUUCUUCGGGAUGGAGGAUUAUAUGGCUCUCACAGUCUGCACCACCUUUCUUGAUGAAUAGCAUCAGCAAUUAAUAAAGGUGAUAUCUAAUGCGUGAUGAAUUAUUAUCAUCUAAGAUCGGGUUAUGCAUUCAGAGUUUGCUUAUUAAUUUAUAGUGUUUGCUAAGGUUUUUCUUUCUAAGCCACUUAAUUGUUUGGUGAGGUUUGAAGCAACAGUAACACAGCAGCUGCAUUGAAUAUAGUCAUGGAUCUUAUGCAUUCUGCUGUGUAUAUGUA